ACUCUGCCAAUGGCGCACCGGAGGGGCAAGAGGAGUGGUCCGUGAACUGGCUAGAUUGGGCUCUGGCCAAGCGUCCCGAGGAAGAGUUCGAAACCAGCUUGGCCCUGCGCUUAUCCGAACACUUCAGGGAGCGUGCUUGGGUAAUCCAAACUGUUGGGAAGCGCAAAGCGAGCUGGGGCGGUGCGCUCCCGGUGCGGCGGCUGAGUUAAGGAGGUCCAGGGCUUCAGCUGCCGGGAGCUGCCCUAGCUCCUUCUACCCCAAGCCCUGGCGAGGAGCCGCCGCCUCCACCUUUCUACGUAGCCCAGAACACUUGAGGAAGGGAUCCAUCCACCAUGCAGGAUCCAAAUGAAGACACUGAGUGGAAUGAUAUAUUAAGAGAUUUUGGAAUUCUUCCUCCAAAAGAAGAAAAAAAGGAUGAGACUGAAGAAAUGGUUUUACGUUUACAGAAAGAAGCAAUGGUUAAACCAUAUGAAAAAAUGACUCUUACCCAGUUAAAAGAAGCUGAAGAUGAUUUUGAUGAUGAAGAUAUGAAGGCUAUGGAAAUAUAUAGACAAAAGCGUUUACAAGAAUGGAAAGCUCUUCAGAAAACACAAAAAUUUGGGGAACUAAGAGAAAUUUCUGGUGACCAAUAUGUGAAGGAAGUUACAAAUGCAGAAAAAGAUGUCUGGGUUAUAAUUCACUUAUAUAGACCAAGCAUCCAAAUGUGUUUACUGCUUAACCAGCAUCUGAGUGUUCUAGCAAGAAAAUUUCCAGAAACUAAAUUUGUUAAGGCUGUUGUAAAUAGCUGUAUUCAACACUACCAUGACAGGUGUUUACCCACAAUUUUCGUGUAUAAAAAUGGUCAGAUAGAAGGAAAAUUCAUCGGAAUUAUUGAAUGUGGAGGAAUAAAUCUGAAGUUAGAAGAACUUGAAUGGAAACUAGCAGAAGUUGGAGCUAUACGAACUGACUUGGAAGAAAAUCCUAAAAAACAGGUUGUAGACAUGAUGGCAUCUUCCAUUAGAAAUACUUCUAUUUAUGAUGACAGUAAUAGUUCAAGCAGUGACAGCGAUGAGACCAAAUGUCCUUAGAAAUAUUUAAUAAAUGGCUUUCCACUGUU